ACCUAUUUCGUACAAACACCCAUAUAAAACGUGUGCAAAACAGUAGAAUUAUAUUCGUUACGACAAAGGCCUCCUCGCCUCGUUUGUUGACAUCGCCAAGGCUCUAAUCCUUCAAAUUUUUUGAUCCAUAUAUGCCAGGCUGCCCGCAUAGUAUGAUUGCUGCUUUCGUUUAACAGACAUAGACAGUCAGUGUAGCAGAGCGGCCAGACAUAUCAAGCAUUUUAUCUAUAGCGCUGUCGACGGCCUUCUUAGAUUGGUCUAGUGUAAUUGGUCCUUCAUUUUAUUUUCGGCCAACCGCACUCAAUGACACCGUAGUAUCUUGAAAUUCUGACGACGAAGCGGAUACCCCUGUUAAUCAAAGGGCAAUGUACAAUUUAAGACAUACUUCGGACAUUGUGCCACAAAAGGGCACUACGGGUGCGAGCACAGUACGAAGUCGUCGUCGCUACAACUUCGGCAGUGAGCCCGAUCAUUCCUAUCCAAGCGACAAGUAUUCACAGAAACUGCCGGGAAAUCUUGAGAGAAAACUCGAAACUCCUCCACAGGAUUCCACAGGACGUUUUCUAAGUGCGAGAAGACGAGCAAAGGUAACAAGUUUCACAACAGGCUCUUCAAAACAGAAACCUUUCCGAAAACUACGGCACCUUCUUCAACCAGCUUUUUUGCUAAGGUCUUUCAUUACAAUCCUGUGCGUUGCCGGCUUCGUCUAUCAGAGCGCGGACUUCUUUUUUGGCUUCUUCCGAUUCCCCACAACCACAAAUAUUAGGGUGGAAUCGAUGAAAGACUUAAUUUUUCCCUCUCUGACUAUUUGUAUGGCAAAUUGGGUAAGCCGCGAAAAAGUUUGCAAAUUAAAGGAUCUUCAACUGGAACUCUGUGGUGAGGGAAGCCCCACUUUUCAGGCACUCAUCAAUGCCCUAUGGAACCAGACGCCAAUCAGUGACUUCGCUUUUCGCACCGAGGAGGCGAUCACACACUGCCAUAUGAAACCAACGUCUGGCUGUGAACCGUUCGACUGCAGUCAAAACUGGAAAUUUGCCUAUUCAAGAUUUCCAGAUGCAGUGUGUUACUCUCUUGAUAUGCACGCUAUUGAAGACCCUAAUCAUCCACUAAACAAGUGCAAAUAUCCAUGGGACUACGAACUUAACGUCGUUAUGGGCUGGGAUGAACAGAAUACACUGCAAAUAUCUGAUAUGUUCAAAGCUGACGCUGUACUUCACGAGGCGGAAACCAACUCUGCGGGACAAUUGCACCCAUUAUUCUUUGAACCUGGAGCGCGCUACAUUAUUCUUGUAGAGCAGUUGACAACCUUGGCGCUACCACCGCCAUAUCAGACUCAGUGCAUCGAUUACGACGCUAUGCCGCGCUCGGAAAUGUUCUACGGAAAGAUUACUCAAAAUCUUUGCUACGAAAUGUGCAAGGCCCUAAACUGGGAUCUAUACUGUCGGUGCAUCUCCCCAAGAUAUGCGUAUAGGGACCUUUACUCACGUGUCUGUACUCAGGAGGAGACAAGAAAAUGUGCCAAAAUCGACAUAGAUCAUCACUUCACGGAUCAGUGCAUUCGUCAGUGUCGUCAGCCUUGCAAGGAAGUUACAUAUGAGGUACAGGUAACAGCUCAGGGACAAAAGGAGGGUGAAGCCGCUGCGUAUACAGAAGAUAAGGCAGUCGAGUAUUAUUAUGACGAUAACGGCCUGCCAACGGAUUCGAUGAACGGGACCGAACCUAUUGAGUUAACCAGAAGAGAAUUCAGCCUCACGGUGAUGUUUGCGUCGGAAAAACACACUAUUCUUCAACAUAUGCGCAAAUUUACUUUCAUUGAGGUGUUUGGUUAUUUGGGAGGCUACGUCGGUGUUUGGCUAGGAAUGAGUUUUUUCUCGGUUCUAGAUUACUUCGUCAUCUACCUACGAAGGCAAUGCCGGCAAAGGAAAUACAAUCAUAAGGAGGAAGCGGCAAAAAUCGAACAGGAUCUCCUCACCGAUAGGCAAAGCUUAAAGCGUAAUACAAAUCGAGUCGUUCCAGACGAAAGAUUCUAAGUAGCGUCAUAAUAAGUAAUAGCUUUGAAUUACUUUUGAAGA